AUGUGCGGAAACAAGCGUUUACUGCUUACGGUUCUUAUUCUGGUGGCUAUCGCUCCCGGUGGCCGCCCAGAUGGAGGAUGCGAUCGAAAAUGUUCCAAACCCAGUCACAACUGCCCACAGCAAGACCGAACCCUCGAAGUAGUGUUCCGACAUGAUGAAUACGUGGACCGAUAUUACCGAUGCGUCUCCGGGAUUGCGUACGAGUUCCAGUGUCCAUUCGGUAUAGCGUUUGAUCCGAUCCAGGGCCGCUGUCGAUAUGCAUCGGAGGGUGAAAUUAGAUCGUGGCAAGCAAAACAACUGAUGCCAUGCGAAAAAUGUGUUCCCGGCGUUAAAUUUGUGGGGCUGGGAGCUUUCCUGCCUCAAUAUCUGCAAUGCGUGUACGACGGGGUUGCAGAAAAGCCAACAACCAGAAAGCCGACAACCACAAGAAAACCCACUACCACAACUAAAAAACCAACAACCACAACUAAAAAGCCAACAACUACAACUAGAAAACCAAAAACCACAACAACGACAACGGAAGAACCAACAACAACCACUACAAAAGAACCAACAACAACCACUACAGAAGAACCAACAACUACUACAGAAGAACCAACAACAACUACUACAGAAGAACCAACAACAACCACUACAGAAGAACCAACAACAACCACUACAGAAGAACCAACAACAACCACUACAGAAGAAGAUGAAACAACGUGCGUUUGUGUAAAAGUGACUACAACAACAACUGAAGAAACUACGACAACAGAAGAAACUACGACCACAGAAGAAACUACGACUACUCAAGAAACUACGACCACAGAAGAAACUACGACUACUGAAGAAACUACGACCACCGAAGAAACUACAACUACUGCAGAAACAACGACUACUGAAAAAACUACGACAACUGAAGAAACUACGACCACGGAAGAAACAACGACUACUGAAGAAACUACGACCACAGAAGAAACUACGACUACUGAAGAAACUACGACCACCGAAGAAACUACAACUACUGCAGAAACAACGACUACUGAAGAAACUACGACUACUGAAGAAACUACGACCACGGAAGAAACUACAACUACUGCAGAAACAACGACUACUGAAGAAACUACGACAACUGAAGAAACUACGACCACGGAAGAAACAACGACUACUGAAGAAACUACGACCACGGAAGAAACAACAACUACUGAAGAAACAACGACUACUGAAGAAACUACGACCACAGAAGAAACUACAACUACUGCAGAAACAACGACUACUGAAGAAACUACGACAACUGAAGAAACUACGACCACGGAAGAAACAACGACUACUGAAGAAACUACGACCACAGAAGAAACAACAACUACUGAAGAAACAACGACUACUGAAGAAACAACGACCACAGAAGAAACUACGACUACUGAAAAAACUACGACCACAGAAGAAACUACGACUACUGAAGAAACUACGACCACUGAAGAAACUACAACUACUGCAGAAACAACGACCACUGAAGAAACUACGACCACCGAAGAAACUACGACUACUGAAGAAACUACGACCACAGAAGAAACUACGACUACUGAAGAAACUACGACCACCGAAGAAACUACGACUACUGAAGAAACUACGACCACAGAAGAAACUACGACUACUGAAGAAACUACGACCACAGAAGAAACAACGACUACUGAAGAAACUACGACCACCGAAGAAACUACUACUACUAAAGAAACUACGACCACAGAAGAAACUACGACUACUGAAGAAACUACGACCACAGAAGAAACUACGACUACUGAAGAAACUACGACUACUGAAGAAACUACGACUACUGAAGAAACUACGACCACAGAAGAAACUACGACUACUGAAGAAACUACGACCACAGAAGAAACCACGACUACUGAAGAAACUACGACCACAGAAGAAACUACGACUACUGAAGAAACUACGACCACCGAAGAAACUACAACUACUGAAGAAACUACGACUACUGAAGAAACUACGACCACUGAAGAAACAACGACUACAGAAGAAACCACGACCACUGAAGAAACAACGACUACUGAAGAAACUACAACUACUGAAGAAACUACGACUACUGAAGAAACUACGACCACCGAAGAAACUACGACUACUGAAGAAACUACGACCACAGAAGAAACAACGACUACAGAAGAAACAACGACUACUGAAGAAACAACGACUACUGAAGAAACUACAACUACUGAAGAAACUACGACUACUGAAGAAACUACGACCACAGAAGAAACAACGACUACUGAAGAAACUACAACUACUGAAGAAACUACGACUACUGAAGAAACUACGACCACAGAAGAAACAACGACUACUGAAGAAACUACGACCACAGAAGAAACUACUACUACUGAAGAAACUACGACCACGGAAGAAACUACAACUACUGAAGAAACUACGACCACAGAAGAAACUACGACUACUGAAGAAACCACGACCACUGAAGAAACAACGACUACUGAAGAAACUACAACUACUGAAGAAACUACGACUACUGAAGAAACUACGACCACGGAAGAAACCACAACUACAGAAGAAACCACAACAACGGAAGAAACGACGACUACAGAGGGAACUACGACAACUCGUAAGACGACUUGUGUCUGUGUGGAUGUUGACUCUACCACACCCAUGCCUGCCACCGAUGAGCCAGCUCAUGGUUAAAACUCACCCCCAAUGAAAGAGGAACGACAAAAUGCAUCCGGCGAUGAACG